AUGGCUCACCGGGACCGCUCUCGAUCACCGAUUCAGCUGAGGGCUCCGUGCGAACGAAGAGUUUAUGUGGCGAAUAUCCCUUUCGAUAUGAAGUGGACCGAGCUCAAAGACCUGUUCAAACGCGAAUGCGGCGAGAAUUCCGUUUCGUUCGUAAGGUACUUCGAAGACACCGACGGCAAGUUCCGAGGUUGUGGGAUCGUGGAGUUCAAGGACUCCGAAGCUACCAAGAAGGCCAUUGAAAAGCUCCACCGUUUCGAAUUGAACGGCCGUUUCCUGGUUGUCAAAGAGGAUUACGACGUCGAGCGAGACUCGACGGGACGUGUGGUCACAACGCGUGGCGGACGUGGUGGUCAGAAAGACCGCGAGUCCAUUGGACACGGCCGAGAUCGGUCGCCUCCGAGAAGGGAGCGAUCCCCUCAACGAGACUAUGGCAGCAACCAUGUAGGGUCCGUUUCGGGUUCGUUCAACACUUACGGACUAUCUCCAAAGUUCCUCGAUUCGCUCGGCAUCGAUCUCCCGCUCACCAACAAGCUUUUCAUCGCUAAUCUUGACUACAAAGUGACUAGAGGUGAUUUGAAAAGGCUGUUCAAGUUGUGUGGUCGAGUUCUCGACGUCGAGUUGUACGUGGAUAAGGACGGAAACUCAAAAGGCAACGCCACCGUUGAACUCGACCAUCCGAUCGAAGCUGUCCAGGCCAUCUCGAUGCUCAACAGACAGAUUUUCCACGGCCGACCGAUCGCCAUUCGCAUGGACCGUAAGGAUAGCGAUGAUCUCAAACUCCCCCCUGGCCUCGAAGGUGUGGGCAAGGGGCUCGGACCUGGUGGGGCUCCUCUACGACUUCCAAGAGAUUUCCCCCCCGUGGGUAGCGGCGGGUCCAACCCGACGCCCGCCCCUCCCGCACCGGCGCCCGUGCCACCAGUGUCUGGAAAUCCGAUGGCCAAUCUCGUGGGUUUGGGUAACCCGAACGCGGCUCCGGCUGCGCUUGCGGCUCUGUCUACAGUGCUCGGCUCCCUGGCGGGUCAAAGCGGGGCAGGAAUGUUCGGCGGCUCGAACCAAGGUGGGGGUGGAAUGGUUCCAGGUGGGAACAACUUGAGCACUUCCAUGGGUGGUAGCUUGGCAUCCAUGGGUCUGGGGGGAAGCAAUAUGGGCGGAGGUCUUGGGAGUAGCUUUGCCGGGGGAGGUGGGAUGGGUGGAGGCGGCUUAGGAAGCGGGAACAUGGGUGCUCAUGGCGGCUUGGGAAUGGGAGGUGGGAUGGGAGGAAAGUACGACGAUAUGAGCGCUGGAAACGGCAACGCUGCGAAAUACGAAGAUGACGGAAGCAAGUGGAGAUACUAG